AUGCGUUUUCCUAAGAAUUUGGAAGAAAAAAUAUCAUUGGAAAGAGGAUCGGAUAAUUUUAUCAAUGAAAUUCAAGCAGGUGGUCGUGAGACGUUUGGUGAUGCAUUAGUGCAAGUGACUCGAGCUGUUUUAACAUGUUUGAGGUGGGUGGAAGACAAGUUGUUGAACAGCAAGAAGCUGAAUUUCUGUUGUGUAAAUACUCAGGAUGCUGAAAAUUCGAGUGGUUGGGUGGAUACGAUCACAGCGAUGGUCUGA